AUGGACGAAAUUUUAGAUGUAAUAACAAGAGAUGAUGGAGCACAACUUGAGAAAAUUUUGUAUGCGGUUAAAUCAAAGAACACAAGUCAUUUGGAUUUGAGGACAAAAGAUUAUGAAAAGCUGUAUGUGUUUGCUUCCUUUUCAGGAGCACUAAAUUGCUUACUAGUCUUGUCAAAGCUCGGUGAGUAAAAGCAAGAAAAUUAUAAAUUAUAAAUUUAAUAAGCUUUAUGCUAUUCGGCAGUUUUAAGUCACUUCAGACCCAGGUAUAAGAGUUAUACCUGAAGGGUUUUGUUAUUACUCCGAUACAUUUUAUUAUUCGCUCAGGUUUGUUUUAUUUUGUUUUGUUUUAUUCCUUCUAAAACUUUAUUGGAAUCUCUUUGGUAGUUGGAGAGGAUGUAUUCUCUUUGGCAACAGGUUUUCCAAAUAAAAACAAAAUGCUAUCUAGAUACUUUAAUUUUUAUGUCUUAUCUAUUUUCAGUUAUCUUUCAUAUACCACUUUGGACCAUUUAAGCUGAGUUGUUUCUGACAAAUUCUCGUUUAUUGACGUCAGAGAAUAUAACAUUAGUUCCGGAAGUUCUUUUGUGCAAAAGAUCACGGAUAACUCCGACGACGGCGAGUAAACUAUUUUAGGAAGCACGAAGGGAGCGCACAAGAAAAUCAGUCCCUCGAAACAAAGGGAGCGGUGUAGAAAAUACGCAUUUACGCCAUCUUUACACUAGAAUCCGCAAUUUUCAUUUUGGUUCCAGAUUCAUUUCGCUGACGUACACGAAUAUGAGGGUUGAAUCCGAAAGCGUCCCGGUUUGGUUGAAUGUCCGAAGAAUUGAAUCCGAAAUCUCAAGCGAAUUUUUUGUAUCCGGAUCAAAUGAUAUGUCAACGCCUGCAAAUUCGAAUGCCCUAGAUGCAUGAAUCCGGAAAUAUUUAUAAGUCCGGAAAAAAUCUCUAGUGUAAGCCUAAACUUAACUUAUUUCAAAAUUGCUGCAUGAUUUAAGCCGCAAAACAAGCCCUAGGCCUGUAUUGUCAAUUUUAAUAGAUAAAUAAUUAUAAUAAUAAUAAUAAUUGAUUAUUCACAAAGGAAAAGGAGAUUAAGAGGUUAACCCUGUCUGGGUUCAUCUCCAAAAUCUCAAAUAUAUGUUCAUUAUGCUAAGCUCCCAACUCUAAAAAAUACCCUGGGCCCAGUUGUUCGAACGCGGGUAAGCGCUAACCCGGGGUUAAAUUUUAACCCGGGGUUCUUUUUCCUUACUAAAAAAAAGCACUCUCUCGGAUAAUUUUCUCUAUUUUUUUUAGCAUAUCCAAUCAUCAAAUUGUAGGCAAAGAGAAUUCAACUGAAUUGGCUUUUUAAGCUCUCAUAUCUGAGUUCAAAAUUUGCAAUAACCCUGAGUUAUCUUAACCCAGCUUCGAACAACCCGGCCCUGGGAGUUCAAACAUUUGGGCGCAUGAAUUUUAAGGUCGGAAAGCACCUUUCGAGAACUUUGUUACCGAGAGAGUCUGCUCUCCUUUAGUCAGCGCUGAGUGAUAGCGGUAGGUCUCUCUCUCUCGUUUUUUUCAUCCAUAUUGCACAUGUAUAAAUAUAUUUUAUUAGUUAGUUUAGUCUUGAUGAAUGUAGAGCUACUCCAUAGAAAAGUCAUCAAUAAACCGGAAUUGUUAUUAUUACUAUUAAUCUUAUUUUUGUUCGAAUAUAAUGCAGAAAUACGAACAAUGACAUUGACUUUGUAUUAUUGUAGGCAUAGAUAUCAAUCUCUCUGCUAGUCUUCAAUGUGCGUUACAUGACGUAGCCGUCAGUCCACUCAGAGUAGCUGUUGAAUACGACAAAGUAGACGCAGUAAAAUGGCUUUGUUACCAAGGAGCCAAUGUCAAUUACAGAGAGGCCGUGUGGAGUACCAAGGCUGAUGACAUCACUUCCGGUAUGUUUGUUUCCAGUUCAUGCCAAGUACCCUGUAUGACACCUCUGCAUUUCGCACAAUCACCGGAGUGUGUUGAAAUUCUGCUUGAACAUGGGGCCGACCUGGCUGCCCAAGAUUGCAUGGGAAAGACACCUGUUUCCAUGGCAACACUUGAUGGCCGCCUCGAUGUUUUGGAAGCCCUUUGCAGUCAUAGAGCUCCCAUUAAUUUAGCAAGCAGCUGGGGCGCGACGCCACUUAUGUAUGCUCAAUACGCACGCAGGAGACUAGAACGAGUUUCAGCAACUGAAGUACUGUGUCGUGCGGGCGCUGAUGUGAACUUGCAAGACAGAAAUGGACGCACAGCCCUGCACAUGGCUAAAGAUGUAGAGUGCGUCUGUUUGCUUCUGUCCUAUCAUGCUGAUCCUGCUAUUGAAACAGUAUUUGGGAAGACACCGCUUAUUACUGCUGCAGAGAACGACUGCUGGGACAUUUGUCGAUUGUUGUAUGAUGCACAGGCCACGCCCAGUCUAGGGGCUCUGGGCAAAGAAACCGGUCUGUUUUGUUCACUGUCACGUGAUCACCAAACUUGGCUUCUACAGUGUUCCAGAAAAGUGCGUGAUCUCGCGCAUCUUUGUCGAAGCGUUAUACGUCAGCAGCUUAAAAGACAAUGCAAAAAUGUCACACAAGGAAGCAAACUGUUGCCACUCCCUAGUGUACUUAAAAACUAUAUUUCAUUUGUUGUAACAGGGGAGAGAGAAGGCCUGUGA